AAGAGGGCAAUUUAUAACAAUUUAGUCAGCGUGUGCACAACAUGAAAGCAACACGUAGAUCUAGUCUUGAAAAUGUUUUUGCUUCAGGGCUUUUUGAGUUUGAGCUAAUGACUGAUAAAACUGUUCUUUGCUAUCUCUGAGUCUUGAUCUAGAUUUUUCUAGAUAUCUAAUCUAGAUUCUAGAUCUAGAUUCUCUAUCUAAUCUAGACUCUAGAUCUAAUAUCUAGCAGCAAAGUAAAGCCGGGAUUGGGCUCAUUUUGGGCUGACUGCUGGCACUUGCACAUUAUAUUGCUUCUUUUCCCGUGAAAAAACGCUUUUCUGCCUCUAUCACAUUGGCAUUGGCGCUUAUUUCCAUCUGGAUAAAGUCAGAAGAUGAUUACAUCUGCAAAUAUUCGUGAAAAGAGCCACUCGUAUGGAGAUAUAUUUGUAUCCUGCUCUGUGCAUAUCUCCAAAGGUAUCCACAGUAAAGAAAACAACAAUGUACUCGAGUCCACAUGUGCUCUCCUCAACUCUGGCGGAGGAAUUCUGGUCAUGCACAACGUUGAACAUAACAAAAAAGUGCAGUCAAAAACACUGGAUGCUUGGUGGAGUGGGAUGGAGAGCAACCUGGCAAAUAUACUCUCUGGCGAUGAUAUUUGCAAUUAUUUAGACUUUGUGGGGAAUUUUGACGACAAGUAUUUCUACUUGUUUGUGAAGUCCGCUGAGCAUUUGUGUACAGUUGAAUAUCAUUGUAGACUUCCGACUGAUACGGCUACGCAUUCAGUGAGUUACAAGUCAGCUGCUAAGAUCUGUGCCAAACAAGGCCAUGAGAGCAAACUGUCAGACUUGCCAGUGAUUCCGACGGAGUAUGAGUUUGGAGUCACGGAAGCCACACUCAAGCAAGAAGGUAAACAGAUACAAUUCAAACAGCUCACCUCGGGCAGAUUUGCAAAACGACAGUCAUUUCCCGAGAAGGUGGGAUAUUACUGCAGCAGGUACAUUACUGCAUUUGCCAACCAUGAAGGAGGACACAUCUAUUUUGGAAUAGAGGACACUACAGCUGCUGUGAUGGGGGAAGAACUGACAGAGGAAGAAGAGACACACACAGUAAGCGUUGUAGAGAAGAAAAUGGGCUCUGUGAUAUGGUCAGAUCCAGAUUGUCAACCCGUCAGAGGGGUGCAUUGGGACAUCGAGUUUUUUCCUGUCUUCCACUGUCCAGAUGAAGAACGACGGCGGGUUAUUGUGGUGUCUGUGUGCAAGAUGCCUGGAGGGGUGUUCAGUAACUGCCCAGAGGCAUUUGUGGUCUCAAGGUCUCAAGACUCGAACUCAAAUGGAGAUAACAAAGUUCGCCCUCGUGUUGAAAAGCUUGCUUUUAGGGACUGGAAGGCAGAAAUGUUGAGUAAAGAAAGAGAUGUGAAGAUGUUGCGUUCACGAUUUGUGAAAAUUCCCAUGAAGAGCCCUCGAUCUAGACUGAUCUACUCACUCCCCCACACUCUUCAGGCUUCCAGAGAAAAAGUAAUUAAAUUGAGGACAGAAUUCAACCUCCAGCCCAAGAAUGUUCUUCAUUCAUUCAGUUAUGCGAAGGUCAAGGACACAGUGAGACGAUUGGUGGAGAACUUUGUAGGGGAGCCUCAUCUCGUGGUCAGCCUGGAAGCCUGGGGGCUGGAGCUAGAGUUGCCAUGUAAACCAGAGAAGGUGAAGGCAGUGCUUGCUGUGUUCAGCAGCCUAUAUGGACUCCAUGUAGUCUCUGUGACAUCUGGGGCGCUGGAGGAGGAAGGCAUGUGGCAGUUCACAAAGGAAGUGGCAGUGCAGCUGAAGCAAGUUUUGGUGCAUCAUGGGGGAUGCAGCACUCAUCUUGGGUUCAAAGUUCAUGUUGUUGAUGUUGAUGGCCACCUAAUGAUGGAAUACUUCCAGAGUGCCAUAGACAUUGAUAUUUACCCGCAAACCUACAAGCCCUCUGAAGUCAAAAUGAAUGAUAUUCUAAACAGUCUUACCGUGGCCAUAGCAUCGUAUAAACCAUUUAGCUGCAAAGAUGAUGCCGACUACUAUUUCUUGCUGACAUGUGACCAGCUGGAGCUGAUGUGGAGCCACCAGUUUACCCGUGACUUGUGGGUCCAUGGUCCCCCAGGGUCGGGUAAGACAAUUGCUGCUUUAGAGAUGAUCAGGGAGCUGCGGAGGAGAGGGUGUGGCUGCGAGCAAAUUCUGUACGUGGCGGAGAAUCCUCUACUGUGCUCUUAUGUCAACUCAUUUGAUCUGUGCACAGUGGUGAGCAGGCGACAGCUCAUGUCUGAUGGUGACAGAGAUCGACGUUAUAAGAAUGUUCUCAGUGUCGUUGUCGAUGAGGCUCAGAACUUCAAGGACCGCGAUGGAGACUGGUACUCCUUCCUAGACAACCUGUCCAAACAAAAUGUGAAAUCACCAGAAGACCUUAAGGCGGGAUACUUUUGGCUAUUCAUGGAUUAUGCUCAAAAAGUUCACAAGUUCAAUGCCGGGCUUCCAGGAUUGAUUGGGAAACAUAAUUUUAUGCUGAGGGAAAUUUCAAGAAACAGCAAAGAAAUUUACGAGUAUGCCACAAAGUUUAUGGAGAAACCUUCAUGUGCUGUGCAGGACGGGGUAGAAAGAAAUUUGGUGUCAGACUCGCCUCAUUUGGCUCAUGAAUACAAAUCUGGCCAAGAGGUAAAUGUUGUGCCAUGUAAACAAGCAACUGUGAUUGAUAUGUUGAAGGAGGUGCUGCAACAGUACACACAAGACGGUGUCAGUGUCAGCGAUAUGGCAGUCCUCGUCAGCAAGAAGAAAGAAGUGGAGGAAGUGAGAGAGUUAGUAGCAAAAGAAGACUUAGGAAAGUCUCUAAAUUUGGUUGCUCCAGAAGAGUCUCGGAUGGUUUGUGAUGAGAUAGGAGAAUCCAGCUCAUGUGCUUCCUCUUCCAUGUCAGUUCCCAUGGAGACUUCAUCUGAAGAUGGUAUUUGUGAGUCAUCCCUUAAAGAUACUUCCUCGAACAGUACUGAUAAUACUAAUACCAAUAGUGCUGGCAUUACUUGUACCACAAACUCUAUGGCCAAGCCUCAAACCUCCUCACAGUUGUCGGGCAAGAGUCCUCUCCUAGUGACCACUGUGAGAGACUUCAGCGGUUUAGACAAACCAGUCAUCAUUGGCCUUGAUCCUCACACAAAUCAGGAGCAUGCAGAUUUCGAUAAAUUCCUCCUAAACCUUGUCACAAGAGCCAAAGAUUCCCUAGUUAUUCUCACGUCUUCUGAUGCUCUUUUGAAUAAAUUGAGAAAAACAAAGUAAAACAGGUUUUUGGGACUGGAGAUUGCGUUAUUCAAGUUGGGCUACUGUGCUAAGUGAAAAUGUUAGUGAUAAUAUGUUUGGAAAGGGAUGAAGGCUGUUCUAGUUUUUUCCAUAACCCAAGAUGGAGGCUUUUUUGCAGUGAUAUUCCUUUGAUUUCUUAUUUCUAUAUUGGGACAGUUAUAAUACACAUAUGACAGCUGAAUAACGACCGAACAGGAUGUUGUUAGUUAAAUUUUACGUGUAUUUGUUUGAAAAAAAAAAGUACAAAUCCAUUCUCCUGAUGAGUAAAGAUUAAAGACACCCUUAUGUUUUGCUUUCCUUAAAUAAAUCAAAAUAAUAUAGU